AUGUAUCUCACUGCCGAUUCCCCAUUGUCCAUCAAACCAUUGUCAACAUCCCAUCCUAAACCCUGGAGAAAGUUAGAUGACGAAGGAAGCUGGACUAAAGAGUACCGUGAAAAGCUUUUAGAAGAAAUAAAUGGGCUUAAAUUCGAAGAUGAAGGCAUUGGCACCAUUCGAAUUUUGCUGUUGGGUCAAAUCAAAGCUGGGAAAUCAUCGUUUGUAAACACAUUGGCUUCUAUAGACAAAAACCGAAUUGCGGAAAUAACACGAGCUGGAGGAGCUGACAAAAGCCUGACUUUUGCGCUGAAGGAGUAUACACCGACUGGAGCUUUAAAGAAAAACAUUUGCAUAUUGGAUACGAUGGGAUACGAGGAAGCCCAGUUCGGCUUGAAUGUAAAGGAUAUUAUUUAUCUUGUAAAGGGAAAUAUCUGCCCUGGCUACAAGUUUAAUCCUGCAUCUCCGAUCGAACAAGACAGUGCUUAUUAUAGACCAAACCCCCAGAAAAGCGAUAGGAUUCACUGCAUUGUGUUUGUAGCGGACGCUAAUAUUUUUGGGCAGGACAACGUAACAGCCGGAGCAAUGCAGAAACAGAAAGAACUAGAUGAAGCAUUACGCGAAGAUGUUGCAAGAUGUGUAUUGUUGACCAAAAUUGAUGUUCUGUGUCAAUCAGUUGAAACCGAUGUUACAAAUACAUAUAGGAGUGAAAAGGUUAAGCAGGCGGUUCAAAGAGCCGCAGAGUUCUUUUGUGUUCAGGAACGGAAUAUUUUACCUAUUAAGAAUUAUGAAAAAGAAACAGCAACGGACACCAAAAUUGAAAUUCUUAUACUCUUAGCUUUGAGACAAAUGAUGCGCUUUGCAAAAGAUUUCUAUGAUGGAUCUGCAUCAGGUCAAACUCCAGAAACAUAGAAAUUAAACAAAAACAUCGAUGAUCUUUAAAAUUGUCCCAAUGGAACAGACAUUUUCGAAUUACCAGUAUGAAUUGUUC